GCGGCGUCAACAGUCAUGUCGGGGGUCCGGAGACUGUCGGGGCUGCUGAGCACUCGGCGCCUGGCGCUGGCCAAGGCGUAGCCAGCAGUGUUGCAAACAGGAACCCGAGGUUUUCACUUCACUGUUGAUGGGAACAAGAGGGCAUCUGCUAACGUUUCAGAUUCCAUUUCUGCUCAGUAUCCAGUAGUGGAUCAUGAAUUUGAUGCGGUGGUGGUAGGCGCUGGAGGGGCAGGCUUGCGAGCUGCAUUUGGCCUUUCUGAGGCAGGGUUUAAUACAGCAUGUGUUACAAAGCUGUUUCCUACCAGGUCACACACUGUUGCGGCACAGGGAGGAAUCAACGCUGCUCUGGGGAACAUGGAGGAGGACAACUGGAGGUGGCAUUUCUAUGACACCAUGAAGGGCUCCGACUGGCUGGGGGACCAGGAUGCCAUCCACUACAUGACAGAGCAGGCUCCCGCCGCCGUGGUCGAGCUGGAAAAUUACGGCAUGCCGUUUAGCAGAACUGAAGAUGGGAAGAUUUAUCAGCGUGCAUUUGGUGGACAGAGCCUCAAGUUUGGAAAGGGCGGGCAGGCCCAUCGGUGCUGCUGUGUGGCUGAUCGGACCGGCCCCUCACUAUUGCACACCUUAUAUGGAAGGUCUCUGCGAUACGAUACCAGCUAUUUUGUGGAGUAUUUUGCCUUGGAUCUCCUGAUGGAGAACGGGGAGUGCCGUGGUGUCAUCGCACUGUGCAUAGAGGACGGGUCCAUCCAUCGCAUACGAGCAAAGAACACUGUUGUUGCCACAGGGGGCUGGGGGAAUGUUACGGGUGCACCUACUUCUGCCCACACCAGCACUGGUGACAGCAUGGCCAUGAUCACCAGGGCAGACCUUCCUUGCCAGGACCUAGAGUUUGUUCAGUUCCACCCCACAGGCAUAUAUGGUGCCGGUUGUCUCAUUACGGAAGGAUGUCGUGGAGAGGGAGGCAUUCUCAUUAACAGUCAAGGCGAAAGGUUUAUGGAGCGAUACGCCCCGGUGGCGAAGGACCUGGCGUCUAGAGAUGUGGUGUCUCGGUCGAUGACUCUGGAGAUCCGCGAAGGAAGAGGCUGUGGCCCUGAGAAAGAUCACGUCUACCUGCAGCUGCACCACCUGCCUCCGGAGCAGCUGGCCACGCGCCUGCCCGGCAUUUCAGAGACAGCCAUGAUCUUCGCUGGUGUGGACGUCACGAAGGAGCCGAUCCCUGUCCUCCCCACCGUGCAUUAUAACAUGGGCGGCAUUCCCACCAACUACAAGGGGCAGGUCCUGAGGCACGUGAAUGGCCAGGAUCAGAUUGUGCCCGGGCUGUACGCCUGUGGGGAGGCCACCUGUGCCUCGGUACAUGGUGCCAACCGGCUCGGGGCAAACUCCCUCUUGGACCUGGUCGUCUUUGGUCGGGCAUGUGCCCUGAGCAUCGAAGAGUCGUGCAGGCCUGGAGAUAAAUUCCCUCCAAUUAAACCAAAUGCUGGGGAAGAAUUCAUGAAUCUUGACAAAUUGAGAUUUGCUGACGGAAGCGUAAGAACGUCGGAACUUCGACUCUGCAUGCAGAAGUCAAUGCAAAAUCAUGCUGCCGUGUUCCGUGUGGGAAGCGUGUUGCAAGAAGGUUGUGGGAAAAUCAGCAAGCUCUACGGAGACCUGAAGCACCUGAAGACGUUUGACCGGGGAAUGGUCUGGAACACGGACCUGGUGGAGACCCUGGAGCUGCAGAACCUGAUGCUGUGUGCGCUGCAGACCAUCUACGGAGCAGAGGCGCGGAAGGAGUCACGGGGCGCACACGCCAGGGAAGACUACAAGGUGUGGAUUGAUGAGUACGAUUACUCCAAGCCCAUCCAGGGGCAACAGAAGAAGCCUUUUGAGGAGCACUGGAGGAAGCACACCCUGUCCUAUGUGGAUGUCAGCACUGGGAAGGUCAGUGUGGAGCUCGUUCUCACCACAACCCAAAAUGCGCACGGCCCUGCCCAGGUUCACGGGCCGACCUUGCUGAUGGUGAACGGGGAGGAGCAGGCCAGAUUUAAAUCAACUCCUGACAGAUUUGAGGCACCACUGAAAAAGGCCUCUGACAGCAGUCAGGCUUCUGGCUGGAAACAGAAUCCAGCGCCUGCAGGUGGUUCAGAGGAGCCUUAAGGAAGGGCUGCUCCGUGGUGUGGGCCAGAUGGAAGUCACUGGGCAGGAGCAAGUGUCCAAGGCCUGGUGAGCGGGGAGGAGAUGAGGAUUAUGGACUUAGGGAGAAAGUCAGCGUCUGUGGGGUGGGGACACACAGCCACUACCAGAAACCAGUCCCAAGCCAAGGGAGCCCAGAAGAGACCCCUCCCCUCUCCUCCCUUGGGCUGGCCCAGCUGGAAGCAUCUGCAGGGGAGCCGAGGGGAUGUGGUGCAGCGCUUAGCAUCCCCUGGGCACUGAGCAAGCAGAGAAGGGAAGGGCAGAAAUUGAGGAGGGGUUGGGGUGAGCAGAGGGGUUGUGGUGAGCAGCGUCCUGGGAACAGCCAGCCAAGGGUGUGGUAGGGGGGUUGCAGCCUUGUUCCACACAAGCACAGUUCACCUGUGUGGCAUUUCCGCUGGGCAUUAAGAUUCAGAAAUAAUGAAGAUAGAAAGCUUUUACCCUUAAGCUUUUCGUAGCUUGUAAGAGAUAGUCGUAUAAUCACUUAUCUGUGUCUGUGGAAGUUACCUGUGGACUCUCACUAUCAUCUAGUGUGUCUGUAACUCAGGCAGUAGGUCAUUUUCAGAAUUUAUCAUGAAGGCCAUUUCCUGAUCGUAUAUAGAAAUUACACCUCACUCGCUUAGCACAAGUCUAUUUUUAAUGUUUCCGGGUUCGGGUUUUUUGUUUUUCUGAGACAGUCUCAUCUCUGUUGCCCAGGCUGAAAUGUG